AUGCCUCCUAAAAAAGAAGAAGUCCACGAAAAAAAAAUCAAAUUAGGUCGUCCAGGCAACACAUUAAAAAUGGGUAUUGUUGGCUUACCUAACGUCGGUAAAUCAACAACAUUUAACUUGUUAUCAAAGUUGAACAUUCCAGCUGAAAAUUAUCCUUUUUGCACAAUAGAUCCAAAUUUAGCCAAAGUAUAUGUAGAUGACUAACGUUUCCAUAAAUUAUGCGAAAUGCAUUAACCUAAAUCUAAAAUUCCUGCAACUUUAAGUAUAAUGGAUAUUGCAGGAUUAGUACCUGGAGCUUCUAAAGGAGAAGGCUUAGGAAAUGCAUUUUUGAGUCAUAUUAGAGAAACUGAUGGUAUUUUUCAUGUAGUAAGAGCUUUCGAUGAUCCGGAAAUUGCACAUACAGAAAACGAGGUAGAUCCUAUUAAUAGAUUCAAUGAUAAAGAAUCUAAGGAUGAAAAGGAAGUUUUAGAUAAAGUCGAUAUACUUUUAAAAUAAAAGAAGUGGGUAUUUUCGGCAAAUUGGUUACCUUUUGAAGUUGAGAUUAUUAAUAAGUAUAUGUUUUUAACAGCUAAGACUGUCGUUUAUUUAGUAAAUUUAAGUGCUGAAGAUUUUUAGAAGAAAAAGAAUAAAUGGCUACCGAAAAUUAAAGAUUGGGUCACUAAUAAUUGUCCUGGAGAAAUGAUACCUUAUUCAGCUGAUUAUGAAAAAAAAUUAAUUGAAACUAAUGAUACUAAGAACUCUAUGAUGAGUAGAAUAAUUAGAACUGGUUAUAAAGCUUUAGAUUUAAUUUAUUUCUUUACUGCAGGACCUGAUGAGGUUAGAGCAUGGACUAUUAGAGAAGAUACAAAAGCUCCUUAGGCUGCAGGAGUUAUUCAUACUGAUUUCGAAAAAGGGUUCAUUUGUGCAGAAAUAAUGAAAUAUGAUGAUUAUGUUGCCGCUGGGUCUGAAAAUGCAUUAAAAUCGGAAGGAAAAUAUUAUUAAAAAGGAAAAGAUUAUGUAGUUUAAGAUGCAGAUAUUAUAUUUUUCAAAUUCAAUGUAUCUUAAUCUAAAAAGAAAUGA